GCCUACCAACGGCGGCGACGCUCGUCCUCUCACUCUCUCCUUUCCUUUCCUUCAACCACCAGGAAGCUCCUUUACCACUGCGGGGGAGCACCUCGGUGCUGUAACUCGCUCUCAUCAUGGCUCACCGACAGUCCACGCUGCUCCAACAGCUUGAGUCCGUUACGGACCUUGCAACGCUCUCGCCCAUCUCGGAGGACAUCAUCGUCUCCUGCAUCCGAGAACGGUUCAUGACAGACAACAUCUACACUAACAUCGGCACCAAUGCUCUCGUCGCAGUAAACCCGCACAAGUAUGUUGCCAGUAAUUCCGACGCGGUCCUCCACAAGUAUGCGGCCGAGUACCGCGAUACCUCGCCCGACAAAGUCCGCCUCCCGCCCCACAUCUUCCAGCUCGCCAACAAUGCCUACUACCACAUGCGAAGGACGCAGCAGGACCAGUCGGUCAUCUUCACUGGUGAGACGGGUAGUGGCAAGUCCGAGAAUCGUAGACUGGCCAUCAAGACGCUUCUCGAGCUCAGCGUCAGCCAGCCUGGGAAGAAGGGCUCGAAGCUCGGCAACCAGGUCCCUGCCGCCGAGUUUGUCUUGGAGACGUUCGGUAACUCCCGCACGCUCUUCAAUCCCAAUGCCUCUCAUUUUGGCAAGUACACCGAGCUCCAGUUCACGGAACGUGGGCGGAUAUGCGGUGUCAAGACCCUCGACUAUUACCUCGAGCGUAGUCGCGUAUCCGGCGCGCCAUCCGGCGAGCGCAACUUUCACAUCUUCUACUAUCUGAUCGCAGGUGCGUCGGCGGAGGAGCGUACGCACAUGCACCUCUCGGACAGGACGCAGUAUCGGUACCUGGGAGCACGUGUACCCGCAGGAGGCCGUGGGCCGAACCAGGCUCAGAAUGAGGACGCCGUUCGAUUCGAGCAGUUAAAGGUCGCACUCAAGAAUGUCGGCUUCUCGAAGAGGCAUGUUGCCCAGACAUGUCAGCUCAUCGCCGCUAUCCUUCAUCUCGGUAACCUCGAGUUCACCAUCGACCGUUCUCGUAACGAAGAUGCUGCCGUUGUUCGGAACUUGGAUGUCCUGGAGAUCGUCUCAGAGUUCUUGGGUGUUCAGCCUAGUGCUCUGGAGGCAGCUUUGUCUUACAAGACGAAGCUCGUCAAGAAGGAGCUGUGCACGGUCUUCCUUGACCCCGAUGGUGCUUCCGACAACAGGGACGAGCUUGCCCGCAUGCUCUACUCUCUCCUCUUCGCCUGGCUGAACGAGCACAUCAAUCAGCGCCUCUGCCGUGACGACUUCACGACCUUCAUCGGCCUCUUUGAUCUCCCUGGCCCGCAGAAUAUGACGAGCCGUCCCAACUCCCUCGACCAGUUCUGCAUCAACUUUGCGAACGAGCGCCUCAUCAACUUCAUGCAGAAGCGCCUUUUCGAGUCGCACGUUCAGGAGUACAACAACGAGGGUAUCUCGCGCUUCGUCCCUCACGUUCCCUACUUCGACAAUUCCGAAUGCAUCCGCUUACUCCAGAACCGCCCUGGUGGCCUCAUCCACAUCAUGGACGAUCAGGCUCGUAGGAUGCCACGCAAGACCGACCACACGAUGGUCGAGGCGAUUACCAAGCGUUGGGCCAACCACUCCUCGUUCAAGUCCGGCGGAAUGGAUCGCUCUGGCUUCCCCACGUUCACCAUCAACCACUACAGUGGACCUGUCACAUACUCCGCGCAGAACUUCCUCGAGAAGAACCUGGAUGCGAUUAACCCCGAUUUUGUCUCCCUCCUCCGGGGUACGACCGCCGGCACGUCGGAUGCCCCCGCGGCCGACGGCUCUGGUUCUAUGAACCCCUUCGUUCGUGGUUUGUUCUCUGGGAAGGCGAUUGCUACCCAGGCGCAUCCUCGCAACGAGGACACCAUUGUCUCCGCUCAACAGCCCGUCAAGCCGAUGCGUGCCCCAUCGACUCGCCGCAAGAACACCAUCAAGCGGAUGCCGACGCUGAAGGAGGGCGAGAUCGAGGAGAAGGACGAGGAUGAAGGCCCCGCCUCGGGCGGCGCACCUUGCGUCGCAGGCGAGUUCAGGCAAGCCCUGGACGUGCUGUUCGAGACGCUCGAGGACACGCAGUCGUGGUACAUCUUCUGCAUCAACCCGAACGACUCGCAGUUGCCGAACCAGCUUGAGGGCCGAUCGGUGAAAGCGCAGGUGCGGAGCGUUGGACUGUCGGAGAUCGCGCGCCGGAAUGUGAACGUCUUCGAGGCGAUGAUGACCCCCGACGAGUAUGUGCAGCGGUACCAGUCCCUGCUCACUUCGUUGGGAGUUACAGAGGGCGACUCGCGCGCUAAGGUCGAGCAGAGUAGGAAUGCACUGGGUCUGCAGGAGCGUGACGUCGUUCUCGGGAUGUCUAUGGUCUUCUUGUCCCAAGCCGCAUUCCGCCGUCUCGAGGACGAUCUACGAUCUAAGGAUACCGAGGAGCAGAAGCGUAACCGCAUCCGGGAUGCGGAGGCGGAGGCUGGUCUUGACCCUCGCGGGUUGAGCGACCCUUAUGCACCCUAUCAGGUGCCUGGUGCGGACACGUCCCCGUAUGCCGGCGACUACGGCGACCCCUUCAAUUCGUCCAACCAACAGCUGCCUCUCGUUGCCAACGCCUCUCCUUUCCAACGCGCCGACAUGUAUGAUGAUUAUGACGAGCGCAAGUCCUUGCGUAGCGACGACUUCGACGGCCGCAGCGCUUACACGAGUCAUCGCGAUGACGGCUCCGUCUCCAACUUCGGGACGGAGUCUUACGCACCCUCGCGGAACAUGUUCCAGAACGCCGACGCGAAAGGUCUCCUCGACAAGGAAGCGAUUGCUGGCGAGGUUCAGGAGGGCGAGACUGCCGAGGUUCUCAAGGAGUCGUCGGCCCGCCGACGCUGGGUGGCGCUGUGCUGGAUGCUCACCUUCUGGUGUCCCACUUUCUUGCUCAGGUACGUCGGACGAAUGAAGCGUCUGGACGUCCAGCAGGCGUGGCGAGAGAAGCUUGCCCUUAACAUGAUCAUCUGGUUUGUCUGUGCCUGCGCCGUCUUCGUCAUCGUCUUCAUUUCGCCCAUCAUCUGUCCCACGGAGCACGUCUUCAACACCGCGGAGUUGAAUGGUCACUCCUUCAAGAACAGCCCGAACAACGUCUAUGUCGCGAUCCGUGGUGAGGUGUUCGACUUGACCGGCAUCGCGGCGAACCAUGAGCGUACCGUCAGCGUGGUUCCUUCGAAGUCCAUCCUGAACUAUGGGGGCACUCAGGCCGAUGAUCUCUUCCCCGUCCAGGUCAGCGCUCUGUGCAACGGUAUCUCUGGUUCGGUUAACCCGUACGUCGUAUUGACAACCAAGAACGAUACGGAUCAGAACGCCCAGUACCACGACUUCCGCUCCUGGACGAACGACCCUCGUCCGGAUUGGUACUUUGAGCAAAUGACCAUGCUGCGUUGGAACUACCGAGUCGGCUUUGUCGGCUACAGCCCGAAGCAGAUCAAGUCUAUGGCCUCCACCGGCAGCUCCGUCGCGAUAUACAAAGGACUUGUUUACGACUUCACGACCUACAUCAGCAAUCCUCCGGCUAUCGCUACUCUGCCCAACAACGCCGUAGCUCCUGGUAACAUCGACACGAAGUUCAUGCACCAAUCCAUCGUGGACGUGUUCCAGCGCAAUGCAGGCGGCGAUGUCACGAAGGCGAUCGACCGUCUUAAUCUGGACUCAGCCACUUUGGACCGGCAGCGCGUCUGCAUGCGGAACCUAUUCCUCCUCGGAAAGGUCGACAACCGUAACUCGCCUCAGUGUCUUUUUGCAACGUACAUCCUGCUCGCCUUGUCGAUCAUGAUGGUUAGCGUCAUUGGGUUCAAGUUCAUCGCGUCCGUCAACUUCAGUGCAGCCCGUGCGCCCGAGGAUCACGACAAGUUCGUCAUCUGCCAGGUGCCGUGUUACACGGAGGGCCAUGCUUCGCUCAAGAAGACGAUCGACUCGCUCGCGCAGAUGAAGUACGACGACAAGCGCAAACUGCUGUUCAUCAUCUGUGAUGGUAUGGUCGUCGGUUCAGGUAACGACAUGCCCACUCCUCGUAUAGUACUGGAUGUCCUCGGCGCGAACCCCAACGUCGACGCCGAGCCGCUCAGCUUCCUCUCCCUCGGUGAGGGUGCCAAGCAACACAACAUGGGCAAGGUCUUCUCUGGUCUGUACGAAAUUGCCGGUCACGUCGUACCGUAUCUCGUGGUUGUCAAGUGCGGCAAGCCUGGCGAGAAGUCACGCCCUGGCAAUCGUGGUAAGCGUGACUCCCAGAUGGUCCUCAUGCACUUCCUGAACAAGGUCCACUUCAACGCCCCGAUGAACCCCCUGGAGCUUGAGAUGUACCAUCAAAUCAAGAACGUCAUCGGUGUCAACCCGACCUUCUACGAGUACGUCUUCACGAUUGAUGCCGAUACUACUGUCCACCCUCUAUCCUUGAACCGUCUGGUCUCCGCUAUGGUUCACGACAAGAAGCUGCUCGGCGUCUGUGGUGAAACGGAACUCGCUAAUGCGAAGCAGUCAAUCGUCACGAUGAUGCAGGUCUACGAGUACUUCAUCUCGCACCACAUGGCCAAGGCGUUUGAAUCCUUGUUCGGUUCGGUGACCUGUUUGCCUGGUUGUUUCACCCUGUAUCGUCUGCGUACCCCCGACACCCACAAGCCGCUCCUCAUUAGCAACCAGGUCAUUGGGGACUACUCGGAGAAUCGUGUCGAUACCCUGCACAUGAAGAACCUGCUCCAUCUUGGUGAAGAUCGUUACUUGACGACCUUGCUACUCAAGCACUUCUCGAACUUCAAGACACAGUUUGUUCGGGAUGCACAUGCGUAUACCGUCGCUCCUGAUGACUGGAAGGUUUUGCUGUCCCAGCGUCGGCGUUGGAUCAACUCUACGGUGCACAACUUGGCCGAGCUCAUCUUCUUGGAUCAGCUUUGCGGUUUCUGCUGUUUCUCCAUGCGCUUCGUCGUCAUGAUCGAUCUCCUUUCUACGAUCAUUGCGCCGGUAACUGUCGCUUACAUUGUGUACCUCAUCUACCUUGCGGCCGGCGAACACGCCCAGAUCCCUAUACUGUCGAUCGUCCUGAUCGCUGCGGUCUACGGUUUGCAGGCGUUGGUGUUCAUCCUUCGUCGCAAAUGGGAUAUGAUUGGUUGGAUGGUCUUCUAUAUCCUGGCCAUCCCGAUAUUUUCGUUCUUCCUUCCCCUCUACUCGUUCUGGCGCAUGGAUGACUUCUCCUGGGGUCAGACUCGUGUCGUCCUGGGAGAGGCGGGCAAGAAGAUGAUCGUCCACGACGAGGGCAAGUUUGACCCCCGUUCCAUUCCCCUCAAGUCUUGGAAUGACUACGAGAACGAACUUUGGGACAAGGAAUCGAACCACAGCAUUGGUUCUUGGGUACCUCCAACUAAGAUGCACAACGAUGGCUAUGCUGAAUCGCAGACCGCAUCGAUAUAUGGUCGCGAGACCUUCUACGAGCCAGCCAUGUCCCGCGCGUUUUCGCCGGCACCAUCGCAGAUGCAGAUGCACAUGAUGUAUCCCCCACCCGGAUACCAGUCCGGGCGCAACACCCCGCUAUCGCAGGUGAUCACACCAGGCGUGCUCCACCAGCCUACGCCUUCUCGGCCUGCCACGGGUUACCUUGAUGUCCAAAUCCCGGCAACAAGGAGUCCAGAAGAUCAGGACUUCUUCGACGGGCCGUCAGAUGCUGCGAUAGAGGCCGCUGUCGAGGAACAUCUGCGCCAUGCCGACUUGACGACCGUCACCAAAAGGGAGAUCCGCCGACGUCUAGAGGAGCAGUUUGGUCAAGACCUCUCCUCACGCAAGCGGGUCAUCAACGACGCCAUCGACCGUGUGCUACUUGCCCGCGCCGGUUGAUUGAUUCAUGACAUCGUUGCAUCUGGUUCACGUCUUGCAAUUCGGACGCUUAUUGACGCUGCAGUUACGUCUACGCUCUACGCAUCGGUACACUUUAUUUUUCCCUUUCACCGUCCUUUCCGUUUCCUUAUAUAGGAUCAACAUUCAGUAUGGACAACUCGGACUUUCGUCGUCGUCGUCAUAUGGCACUCGCUCGUACAGUAACCUCUCAUCACCAUUAGCAUCACCCACCCACAGUCAUGUAUUUUGCUAUAUCCUAUCGUAGUAGAACAUGUUUUCGUCGUACUCCCGAUGCGAACUUUCUUUGAUUCA